AUGAAUGCUAAGGUGUUGCUGGUUCUGGGCGUGGUGGGCUGUGCUGUUGCAGACAGACGACCGACGUAUUCUCACAACGAACCCGAGUCCCGCGACGGCGACUACACACAGGGGUCGUACUAUGUGCAGCUCCCCGACAGCCGUCUGCAGAAGGUGACGUACUACGUGAACGGCGACUCGGGCUACGUGGCCGAAAUCAGCUACGAGGGCGAGGCUCGCUAUGACUCAGCUGAGUCUCGAGAGUACGGGCGGCCAGUGUACUCUCCGCCAAGACCCGUGUAUUCCCAGCCAAGUCGUGUGUACUCUUCUCCCGAAUCGGAGGAAUCCUUGGAGAUUCCUGCGUACAUUUCACCCAGACCUAUUUACGGGCCUCCAAGACCAACUUACGGCUGA